GAUCCUCCCACCUCAGCCUCCUGAGUAGCUGGGACCACAGGCAUGAGCCUCCGUGUCCAGCUCACUUUUAUCUUUUCUGUAGAGACAGGGUUGCAGUAUGUUGCCCAGGACUGUCUGAAGCUCCUGGCCUCAAGCCAUCACCCGCCUCAGCCUCAGCCUCCUGAAGUGCUGGGGUUCCAGGCGUGAGCCACCACGGUAGACCCUGCAUUUCUCCUCUGUGCUCACCGCCACACGCAGCUCAGCCUGGGCUGCACAGCCAGGUGUCAGGAGCGUCUCUGAUGAUCUGAGUCUGCCUGCAGCAUGGACCUGCAUCUUCCCUGAAGCAUCUCCAGGGCUGGAGAGACGACUGCCAUGAGAGCCUGGUGCCCGCCCCCACCUCAGUCCUGGGGAAAUGAGAGCCAGGCUCCAGGGGAGGGCAGUUCCCCUUCCUGUGGGCUGAGGAUGAGACAAUCCUAUGACAAGAAGGACCCAGCCUCUGAGCGGCCACACCCUGUGUGUGUCUCUGUCCUGCCAGCACCGAGGGCUCAUCCAUCUGCAGAGCGCGGGGUCACCAGGAGGAGACGCCAUGACCCCCGCCCUCACAGCCCUGCUCUGCCUCGGGCUGAGUCUCGGCCCCAGGACCCACGUGCAGGCAGGGCCUCCCCCCAAACCCACCCUCUGGGCUGAGUCUGGCUCUGUGAUUAUCCGGGGGAGCCCCAUGACCAUUUGGUGUCGGGGGACCCUGGAGGCUCAGGAGUACCGACUGGAUAAAGAGGGAAACACAGAGCCCUGGGACACACAGAAACCACUGGAGCCCAAGAACAAGGCCAGAUUCUCCAUCCCAUACACGACAGAGCACCAUGCAGGGAGAUAUCGCUGUUACUAUCACAGCCCUGCAGGCUGGUCAGAGUAUAGCGACCCUCUGGAGCUGGUGGUGACAGGAGCCUACAGCAAACCCACCCUCUCAGCCCUGCCCAGCCCUGUGGUGGCCUCAGGAGGGAACGUGACCCUCCGAUGUGGCUCACAGCAGGGAUAUCAGCAUUUUGUUCUGAUUGAGGAAGGAGAACACAGGCUCCCCCAGACUCGGGACUCACAGCAACUCCACAGUGGGUGGUUCCAGGCCCUGUUCCCUGUGGGGCCCGUGACCCCCAGCCACAGGUGGACGUUCAGAUGCUAUUACUAUUAUAGGAACACCCCCCAGGUGUGGUCCCAUCCCAGUGACCCCCUGGAGAUUCUGGCCUCAGGCGUGUCUAGAAAGCCCUCCCUCCUGACCCUGCAGGGCCCUGUCGUGGCCCGUGGAGAGAAUCUGACCCUCCAGUGUCGCUCUGAUGUGGGCUAUGACAGAUUCACUCUGCACAAGGCAGGGCAACGUAUGUUUCUCCAGCGCCCUGGCUGGCAGCCCCAGGCUGGGCUUUCCCAGGCCAACUUCACCCUGGGCCCUGUGAGGGGCUCCCACGGGGGCCAGUACAGAUGCUACGGUGCACACAACCUCUCCUCCGAGUGGUCGGCCCCCAGCGACCCCCUGGACAUCCUGAUCGCAGGACUGAUCCCUGGCAGACCCUCCCUCUCGGUGCAGUUGUGGCGCACGGCGGUCUCAGGAGAGAAGGUGACCCUGCUGUGUCAGUCACGGAGCCCGAUGGACACUUUCCUCCUGACCAAGGAGGGGGCAGCGCAUCCCCCGCUGCGUCUGAGAUCAAAGCACCGAGCUCAGCAGUACCAGGCUGAAUUCCCCAUGAGUCCUGUGACCUCAGCCCACGUGGGGACCUACAAGUGCUACGGCUCACGCAGCUCCAACCCCUACCUGCUGUCUCACCCCAGUAACCCCCUGGAGCUCGUGGUCUCAGGUGAGGGCCCUGAUCCUGUCCUCUCUGAGCUCAAAGGCUCAGCUCAGGCUCUGCCCCCAGGAGAGCUCUGGACACUAAGAAAAGAGGGGAGUGAAGGGAAAGGGUCCACAGGGGAGGGUCCAGCCCAUGGGAGGGUGGAAAUAGACAGGGACCUCCCACCCCUGAAGUGUCAGUAGGGUAAAGAGCAGGGA